AUGAGGCGCGCCAGCUCAAGCGAAGUUGCUACGGAUUCCGGGGAGCAUCCUGGGGAGGCCCAUUCCCACGAGAUGUCAAGGGACGAGCAUGCAACUAGCAGGAGGUUGGCGAAGGAAGGGGCCAGGAGGAGACAGGUGGUGGCACUACGCAAGGGGAGUCAGCCUCAUUGUAGUGGGUUGGUGCUUGAGGAUUCAGAUGAGGAGCUGCCUGUGGUGGAGACUCGGACAAAACGGGAGCCUAGAAGUGAUGUCAUGCAUCACGCGGUUCAUAAUGGUGGGUCACAUUGA